AUGCUAGGCUCAAUUUCUCGGUUGAGUGAAAUUUCUCAUGAUCAAUCAUCAUCAUUAUCAGCUGAUGCAACAAUGUCGAUCAUUCGAAUGACAUUAUGUAGUGAUCAUGACAACGAUCUCAAACAACUGUAUGAUCACAUGAAGAACGAAUACGACAGAGAGGAAACGAAUCUUCUCUCUCUUGGUGAUGUGUUAAGAAACAUGGGAAAAUUCGAUUUGGCCGAAAAGUACUAUCGUCGAUGGUUGAGCGAACUUCCAUCGAAUGAUCCCUCCCUUGGUAUGUUGUAUGAACGUGUUGGUAGGGUUGCUAAUGCGAAAGGUGAGUAUGAUACGAGUCUCGAAUGGUACCAGAAAUCACUCGAGAUCGAUAUGCGAACUCGUCCAUCCGAUCAUGUCAAUAUUGGUAGCACACACAACAACAUCGGUAAUGUUCAUCGAAAGAAAGGUGAUCAUAGUCGAGCACUCGAAUCGUACAAUCGAGCCGUGUCACUCUUCAAACAAGCACACGAUGAGAAUCAUCCAGAUAUGGCCAUGUUUUACAACAACAUUGGCAUCAUCUAUCAAGAAGAGAAUAAGUAUUUUGAAGCGCUCGACUUCUAUGAGAAGUCACUUGCUUUGAAAAGGAAGCAUCUACCACCGGAUCAUCCUGAUUUGGGUGCGUCGUACAACAAUAUUGGCAUUGUUCAUCGACGUCUCGGUCAUUAUGAUCUCACAUUGGAUCAUUACAAUCGAUCACUUAAAAUCAAAUUGAAAUCACUUCCUGCUCAACAUCCCAAUAUUGCAAUGACCUACAAGAACAUGGGUCUUGUGCAUGAAAACAAGGAUGGCCUGUAUUGCGCAUGA